GGGGGCGGCACCCGGGCCGAGCGGAGGGGUCCGGGUGCGCGGGCGGGGGAAGGAGCUGGGAGAUGGUGUUCCGAGCGGCCCGCUGGCUAGCGUUGGCACCCGUCCGAUCUGGGGCUCUCCGGAGAGGGCCGAUCUUGAGGAGAGGUGGCGAUGUCUCUGCCGUAUGCGGCGGCUCAGGUCGGAGCCCGGUACCGUCGAGGUCAGUCAUCGCUACCCGCAGCGGCGCCAUUUUGCCCAAACCCGUGAAAAUGUCCUUUGGCCUUCUCCGUGUGUUCUCCAUUGUGAUCCCCUUUCUCUAUGUUGGGACACUAAUCAGCAAGAACUUUGCUGCUCUGCUUGAGGAGCAUGACAUUUUUGUUCCAGAGGACGAUGAUGAUGACGACUAACAGGACAUGGAGGAAGUACAGAAAGGAGAAAGCACUAAACUUAACAGAUGGUGAUGCUCUUGGCCUUUCUUCCUUCUCUAUCAGCAGAAGGGCUCAUGGAAAGCCCUCAGUCUCCCAUGUCCAGUGAAGUCUCCUGCAUGGUCUGUGACCACAACCCAGAUCCCCAAGCUCUGGGAGGUUCCCUGAAAUGUGCUCUCCAUUGAGCAUUGGAAAAACAGUCAAUUAUGAAUAAACAUAAUAAAUAUCAGCUGUGAAUGACUGAA